AUGGCGCUCAUGGAUAUUUCCGACCUCGAGCCGCUCGCGGACGCACUGCCCAAGCUCUUGAAACAGGGCGGCAUCUUCUUCGCGACCCUGCUGCACCCUGUGUUCUUCACCUCUGGGGCAACGCGCUUCGUCGAAGUCGUCACCAACGAGGCCACGGGCGAAUACUACCACGCCCGCGGGAAAAUCGUCCGCGAGUAUCGCGACAAGGCUCCCUGGCGAGGUGUCGCCGUCAACGGCCAGCCUGCGUUCCAGCUCUACUUUCAUCGCCCGCUCGAUGUUUUGUUGGGGACCUUCUUCAAGACGGGCUUGGUCAUGGAUAGCUUGGAGGAGCUGUACUUUGACGAGGCGGACGCAAUCAAGGAACGGCCCGAGUCGUCGGCGAAUUAUACGCAGAUUCCGGCCAUUAUGGCCCUGCGCUUUCGCAAACUCCAGUGA